AUCAAUGAAGUUCUCAGCCACCAAUGCUGACGGCUCCAGAACUUGCACCUAUGUGGACGUGUGUGGGUCGAGCAACGGCAACCCGUGUGCGGUGGGCAUGUGUGUGAAUGACGGGGCGGGGUCGUACUCGUGUGUGUGUCCUCCGGGCUUCAGGCAGGGCACCACUGUGGACGGCACCUUCUCCUGCGCUCCAGGCAGCACGGACGGCACAUACAAGGUGCGAGAGUGCGGGCAUGCAGUGCGUGCACAUCUACCCCAUCUACGACCUUUCCCUGCAACAGUUCACCCAGCAGAACACACCCACCAUUGCAGCUCUGUGCGAUGCUGGCUUGCCUCUCCCCAUCAACACAGUCGUCAACGUUGCCCCGCCCGUGCGCGCCACCCCCUGCUCCAUCUUCUACACUGUGCUCCCUGGCGACACCUGCUACUCCAUAGCAGUAACCUUCGGCCUCGUCACCUUCUGCGAUCUCCCGGACCAGCCCUGUGCAGUAGCCUUCCAGGGACUCAACCGCGCUCUCACAUGCACCGACACCAGCAGCAGCAGUGGUGACUCCCUCACUCCAGGCCAAGUUGUAUGUGUGGAGCGGAGAGAGGAGGGGGAGGAGGAGGGGGGCGGGGCUCUGGAUCUGCUGAUCCCGGUGUGCUUGCAGACGUAUCUGGUACAGGGAGGGGAGUCGUGUGAGGCGGUGCGGAGUGUACCGAACCCCCCCCUGAGUGCGCUGGAGUUUUACCGGCUGAACCCGGGGAUCCAGUGCAACCGCCUCAUUCCCCCCACCAGCGCUGGGGGGUUUACAGGGUUUGAGGUGUGCAUACAGGGCAGCACGAGCUACUCCACAGGGGUGUGCCCUAGAAGCAGCUUCCACACGGUGGUGAACAACGACCGGUGCGGCAUGAUCCAGUUCAAUUACUUCAACGGCAUCAAGGACUGCUUCCGCCGCAUCAAUGGGUACCCAUGCCUGGACCCCCUGCAGCGCGGCACACUCAUCUGCUCGCGUGACCCCAAGAAGAUCAAGAAGGGCCGCUGCAGUGUCUAGGAAGCAGAGCAAGAAGUAUGGCAUGGUAUGGUGGUAUUGCAUCCCAUCUUGCUACCCGCAUCUUCGGCGUUGCAAGCAAGGGUGUUACGCUACAUAUGACAACUACCAUGGCCUUUCCUUUGUGUGGCCCUGAUUAUCUACCGUCACGCAGCUCCUUUGCUUCGAGGGCAUAGUGCUGAGCCGAUUCAAACUCAGCACACCAGUCCCCUUUCUAGUCUAGCCUGGUCGACGACACCCACAAGUUUUGCCAAUUCAGCCUCCCAGCAGAACCCUGGAACGCACUCCACCCCUAGUCCCAGCAGUACCCUGCUUCUCAAAUGCCCAAUCCAUACGGGUGCCAUUACAUGUCUCAUUGCACAUACCUGGUGCCUGCAUCGAUUUGAUGAUAGACCUACCGGGUUGCUCAACUUCCCAU